CGCUGCUCUCUCUCUCCCUCUCUGUUUUCCUUUCAUUCUGCUUCCACUGAGCCGAAUGAAGCAGGGAGAAGGAUUAGUUUCUGCCACCGGCUAUCAGGGUAGCGUAGAUAAAAGGAACUGCUUCUUAAGCACCACUGCAGCAGUCCUUGUUAUUUUUUUUCCUCUUUCCACAACAGUUGUGCCUCAUUAUCCAGUGCCUGGCUCAAUUUUUUGGAGGUUUUGAAGUUUCUGUGCUCCAGUGACUGUUACAGAAGAAGAGAUGUGAGCCUUGCCAUGAGGUCUUAAUUGUCUGCAUUUGUGAAUGAAACUGACCUAAAUCACCUGUUACCUCCAGUUUUCAGACUGUUUGAACUUCGGCUGCACACUCCAGGACUGAACACCGAAGCCGCAUAAGGACUUACAGUAUCUUCAGCAUGGGCUGUCUGAGCAGGAUUGCAUAUCUUUUCUGGGGAGUAUUACUAGCUGCAAGAACAAACUGUCAAAAUGGGAAGAGCAAUGUGCCAAGAUUGAAAUUAUCCUAUAAAGAAAUGUUGGAAUCCAACAAUGUAAUCACCUUCAAUGGCCUGGCCAACAGCUCCAGUUACCACACUUUCCUUUUGGAUGAGGAACGGAGUCGGCUCUAUGUUGGAGCAAAGGACCACAUAUUUUCAUUCAAUCUAGUUAAUAUCAAGGAUUUUCAAAAGAUUGUCUGGCCUGUAUCUCACGCCCGAAGGGAUGAGUGCAAAUGGGCUGGAAAGGAUAUUCUGAGAGAAUGUGCUAAUUUCAUCAAGGUGCUUAAGGCUUACAACCAAACUCACUUGUAUGCCUGUGGAACGGGGGCCUUUCAUCCAAUUUGCACCUACAUUGAAAUUGGACGCCAUCCUGAGGACAACAUUUUUAAGCUGGAGGAUUCUCAUUUUGAAAAUGGCCGUGGAAAGAGUCCAUAUGACCCUAAACUGCUGACAGCAUCUCUUUUAAUAGAUGGAGAAUUAUAUUCCGGAACUGCAGCAGACUUUAUGGGAAGAGAUUUCGCUAUUUUCCGAACUCUUGGACACCACCAUCCUAUCAGAACUGAGCAGCAUGACUCCAGGUGGUUGAAUGACCCCAGGUUUAUUAGCGCUCACCUCAUCCCAGAGAGCGACAAUCCUGAAGACGAUAAAGUAUAUUUUUUCUUCCGGGAAAAUGCAAUAGAUGGAGAACAUUCUGGAAAAGCUACCCACGCCAGAAUAGGGCAGAUAUGCAGGAAUGAUUUUGGGGGACACAGAAGCCUGGUUAAUAAGUGGACAACUUUCCUUAAAGCUCGUUUGAUUUGCUCAGUGCCAGGAUCUAAUGGCAUUGACACCCAUUUUGAUGAAUUGCAGGACGUAUUUCUAAUGAAUUCAAAAGAUCCCAAAAAUCCAGUCGUCUAUGGUGUGUUCACGACAUCCAGUAACAUCUUCAAGGGGUCAGCUGUGUGUAUGUACAGCAUGACUGAUGUGAGGAGAGUAUUCCUAGGACCUUAUGCCCAUAGAGAUGGACCAAACUAUCAAUGGGUACCAUAUCAAGGAAGAGUCCCAUAUCCCCGGCCAGGAACUUGCCCCAGUAAAACAUUUGGAGGUUUUGACUCGACUAAGGACCUUCCUGAUGAUGUUAUAACAUUUGCCCGAAGCCACCCAGCCAUGUAUAACCCUGUGUUUCCAAUUAACAACCGGCCGAUCAUGAUUAAAACCGAUGUGAAGUAUCAGUUCACGCAGAUUGUAGUAGAUCGAGUUGAUGCAGAGGAUGGCCAAUAUGAUGUCAUGUUUAUUGGAACAGAUGUGGGGACUGUUCUCAAAGUAGUUUCCAUUCCUAAGGAGACUUGGCAUGAUUUAGAGGAAGUCUUGCUGGAAGAAAUGACAGUUUUUCGGGAACCCACCACCAUUUCAGCUAUGAAGAUUUCCACCAAGCAGCAACAACUUUAUAUAGGAUCAGCCACUGGAGUUGCCCAGAUGCCUUUACACCGUUGUGACAUAUAUGGAAAAGCGUGUGCAGAGUGUUGCCUUGCACGAGAUCCUUAUUGUGCUUGGGAUGGGGCAUCAUGUUCUCGAUACUUUCCUGCUGCUAAAAGACGUACAAGAAGGCAAGAUAUCCGAAAUGGAGAUCCUCUUACUCACUGCUCAGAUCUUCAACACCAUGAUAGCCACCUCAGCCACAGUCUUGAAGAAAAGAUCAUCUAUGGAGUAGAGAAUAGCAGCACCUUCUUGGAAUGCAGUCCAAAGUCCCAGCGCGCUCUAAUCCAUUGGCAAUUCCAGAGGCAAAAUGAGGAACGAAAAGAUGAGAUCAGGAUGGACGACCGCAUAAUCAGAACCGAACAAGGUCUCCUGCUUCGUAUCCUUCAGAAGAAAGACUCUGGCGUUUACCUUUGUCGUGCUGUGGAGCACGGCUUCAUGCAAACUCUCCUGAAAGUGACCCUGGAAGUCAUUGACACAGAACACUUGGAAGAGCUCCUUCACAAAGAUGAUGAUGGUCCUGAGAAUGCCAAGACCAAGGAUAUUUCCAACAGCAUGACACCCAAUCAAAAGGUCUGGUAUAGGGACUUUAUGCAGCUUAUCAACCAUCCCAACCUCAAUACGAUGGAUGAGUUCUGUGAACAGGUUUGGAAAAGGGACCGGAAACAACGCCGACAGAGACCUGGCAAUGGCCAGAUGAAUGGUAACAAAUGGAAGCAUCUACAAGAAAAUAAGAAAGGUAGAAACAGGAGGACCCACGAAUUUGAAAGAGCACCAAGGAGUGUCUGAACUGUAUUACCUCUAGAAACCUCAUCCAAGUAGAAACUUGUCUAGACAGAUAACUGGAAAAAAAUGCAAUAUACAUGAACUUUUUCAUGGCAUUAUGUGGAUGUUUACAAGGGUGGGAAGCUCAAAAGAUUCUCACCAAGUAUAUAUAAAGUCCAUUACUAACUUUCCUAACUGACUCCCUGCCCAUUACCAACACACAAUGGGCAUUCAAGGAUGAAAAAAAGUGCUUAUUUUAGUUGACUUUUUCAUGUUUCCUGCAAAGAUUUUAUUGUACAGGUUUUGCUUUUUUCUCUGCCUGAAGUCGAAAAAUAUCACUUCUCAUGCUGUCAUUUAAAAGGAGGAAAACCUACUUAAGCAGUGUCACUUUUACUGAACUAAAUAUAAAAAAAAUCAAAACAGAAACACUGCAUGGAUUUACUAAGCUGAUGAAUAUUCAAAAAUGUGGUCGGACAUAAGGAUUUUUUUUGUCUACCGACACUCUUUGUUUAUGUAUGUACUGGAAGAGUAAAAUGAUACUGAAUGAAAUGGUCUGUGGAAAUAUGAAGAGCAUAAACCAUCCAUCAUCCAGAAAGUGGAGCACACUUAUCUACUACUGAUGUCUUCUUUCAGCUUUGAUCUAAAGAUGUAUUUUAUUAAAACUAUAAUUUAAAUGUACCAUGACAAAUAUGCAGUAAAAGUUAGCUCUCUUCAAAACUAGAAUAGGCUUUUUGUCUUACGAAUAUUGUACUUUCUAAUCAUUGUUUUAAAAAUUCCAAGUGUGUGCUGCUUUAUUCUCUUGUGGAUAUCCUUUCAGCUCACAGGGACAACUCAUAUAUUUCAUAUAUGGUACAUAUCUGUUAAAUAGUUCAUAUUUGAAAAUGCAGCUCAUACGAACUGAAAAUAUAAAUUAGGUUUCCCUACAGAGCAAAUAGUGGAAACAUUUCUCUUCCCUUUUUUCUUUUAGUCAAGUAUAAUAAAUUUUAUGUUUAAUUUCCAUUUGGAAAAAGAAGCAAACAACCAGGGAAAGGGAAAAAAAAGAUGUAGUAAAUGCAUUUUUCAUUCCUUUUGAUGGGUCAGUGAAUUAGCUGAAAGAUCACAUUCCCUGAAACUGGUAAGAUACCAUGAGUCUGUUGAUUAUUUGUAUUAAUAUCACUCCAUAAAGAACAUUUAUGUACAUGAAAACAACCUUCUGGUUCCAGAAGUGAGGCAUCUAUGUUGUCAGCAUGGUUAUGGAAGGUAGUACCACCUGAGAUAAGAUCACCUGUUCUCCCAACAGAUUAUAAAAUGAUGGCCCCUAAUUGUUCAAAGCUAUUAUGAGAUAACCCAUAACUCAUUUUGUCUUGGUUAAUAUCCUGGACACAUUUAAUUGCUCUUUAUGAGUUACUUGCUACCAGAGCAAAGAAAAAGACACUGCUCACAUUUCUACAGAGUGAAAUCAGUGGUUUCCUAGAACAGCUUUGUGAAAGGAUGGACUGUAUUAUUAAGGACCUGGCUACUAGAGUUUUUACGGUUAUCGUUGAUAAUUAUCACAUUCAGCGUCGUCGUCUACCACAUCUGUUCCGUUCAAUCUUACCUUUUCAGGAGGAUUUCUCCAGGUUUUUUUACCAUUCAAAAGAAAAGAAGUAGUAAUACAAACUAAAAAAAAGUAUCCAUAGAUUUUUCUAAGUGUGGUAGUCAAACCAUUCUAGUGGCCAAGUCACUUCCAAAUGUGGUGAAUUUCAAAAUUUCCUAAAAAUGGAACUAUUUAAUAGAUUGAAGCCUGAGUUUCUUCCUCAAGCCUUCCUUUGAAUAAGCACCUGAGAAGGAAUGUCAUCAAAUGAUCAUCUGGUGGACUGGUGAUGUUAUUGUGUGUUCUUUCUCAGCGGAUUCUCCUCUAAAUAAAGUCAGAAUUGAUAACCUGAUAUAAAGUUAUAUUCCUUUACAGAAAAUGAUAAACAACAUAUAAAAUGAAGAAGAAAGAUUCCUCCAGAAACAGAUUGCUCCAGUAUUGAUUCAAUGAUAUUUUCCCAAAAACAUGGGCGGGAUUUCACUCUUAACUUUGGAUAUCCACAGUGCAGAUGAAUCCGCAGUGCAAGUGAACUGAUUCACACAAGAGCUGCAUUUGGUCUCUAUUAUUCUUCAAAAUAAAAUGAUUUUACAGCAUUAUAAUUGUGUGAAAUCCAGGGAUUACCUCCUAUUUCAGUUUAUCACUUGGUCUGUAUCAUUCUAUUUCAAUGUUACAAAUUAGAGAAGUAGCAUGGCUCAGUGGGAAGAGCAUGGGC